CCGGACAGGUCAUUGCAAGGCCAGGGAGCUCGCCGCGUGAGUUGUGUUCUCCGAGUCUGGCGUUCUCCGCCUCUUAAGCCCGCGCCCGUGCACGAGCACUCUCACCGCGCCCUUCUCCCCCGGUCGUAGGGCUGCGUGACCGUUUCCUCCCGCCAGCGCCGAAGGGACCGGCCUCUGGGCGCGCGGAGAGGUCGGCUUGCCGGUGGGUCCUGGCGGUGCCCGCAAACCUCGGGUUCUUCUUCUGCAAAAUGGGGAGCGCUCCUCGUCCUACUUGGCAGCUUUGCUCCCCUUGAGCCCACUGGGAAUGGCAGCCCCAUCUAUGAAGGAAAGGCAGGCUUGCUGGGGAGCCCGGGACGAGUACUGGAAGUGUUUAGAUGAGAACACAGAGGACGUUUCUAAAUGCAAGAAGUUACGGAGCUCAUUUGAAUCAAGUUGUCCCCAACAGUGGAUAAAAUAUUUUGAUAAAAGAAGAGACUACUUAAAAUUCAAAGAAAAAUUUGAAGCAGGAGAAUUCCAGCCUUCAAAAACAAGUGCAGAGUCCUAAGCUGUCCUGAACUUUUCAGGAAGGUUGAAUCUGUUCUUUGUGGACAUUCACAAAUGCUCCGUUGACUAGGGGCCAACAGCGGUUUGAAUCAUGGUGAACAUCAAUACUUACUCCAUAUGUACAACUCUCAGUAAUUAAAGUGAUCAAGAAACGGAAGAUCCCAUCAUUCAAACUGAAGAAUUGAAAUAAAAUGGGAUGAAAUAUGCUUAGUUUUCAUUUUGUAAGAAUUCUAUAUUUUAAGAAAAAGCCCAUUAAAAAACACAUUUUUUUCUUUUAGUGGAGGAUGGGUGGUAGGCAAAUAUUAUUAUCGAACUAGAUACUGAAAAAAGUAGGUUGUCAUUGUGUGUCCUGGGACUUAGCAUUUUUAUACAGGCACAAAAAAGGAGGACUGGAAGAAGCUUGAACUUAAAAUAUACAGGUAAAAUAAUAAAGACCAUCUACAAAAAA